UCGGAGUGGUCAAGCAUACACUGGAAAAAUAUUCAAAGUCAGUUAGUCGAGCUCCGAGCACAGAUGGGAGCACUUCAAUAAAAGUUUUGUUGUAGGUAAUCCAAAUUAAUUAAUCAAUAAUGGCGGACGAGAAACCCAAAAAGAAAUGGGAAUGCUGUAAGAAGGGUCCUCCGCAGCCCGUGGAGAAGACGGCUGAUCCGAUCAUCUCGCAAAUUGGCGACUUCAAGGUCUAUCAGUUCUGGUACUGCAUGCUGAUCUUCCUCUGCAAGUUCGGCACCGGCUGGCACACGCUGGCCCACAUCUUUCUGGCCGCGCCAACGCCCCACAUCUGCAAGACGGAGAACGUGACGAAUGCGUGCAGCUCCGCCUGCAAGAAUCCCUCCUUCGACACGAGCAUCUUCAAGACCACAAUCGUAACGGAAUGGAAUCUGACCUGUAAGAAGAGCAGCUUGGCCAGUCUGUCGCAGUCAAUUGUUAUGGUUGGCAUUAUGUUUGGCAGUAUGGUGUUUGGCAUGAUAUCGGAUCGCUGCGGUCGUCGACCCGCAUUUUUGGGCUGUUGCUUAAUGCAACUUGGCACGGGCCUCAUUGUCUGCCUCUCUCCGUAUUUCUGGUUCUAUUGCGUCUUUCGCUUUCUGGUCGCCUUUGCCACUGGCGGCACAAUGACAACAAGCUUCGUGCUCAUCAUGGAGAUAAUCGGUCCCAAGAAACGUGAAUUGGUUGCCAUUUUGUAUCAAAUUCCGUUCAACAUUGGCCACGCCUCGCUCGCCGUGUUCGCCUACUUCAUACGCACCUGGCGCUGGUUCCAGUUCAGUGUGACCAUUUUCUCGGUUGUGUUCUUCCUGUAUAUCUGCCUGGUGCCCGAGUCGCCGCGCUGGCUCUUCAUCACGGGACGCUUGGACAAAUCGAUCAAGAUUUUGGAGAAGAUCGCCAAGCACAAUAAUGUGAUCACCGAGACGAUUCGGGGCGAGAUCGAGGCGGCCUACAAGGCAGUGUCGGCCGCGGCGCCAGUGAAAAAGGGCACCUUCAUCGAUCUGUUCCGCUACCCCUACUUGCGGUUGAAGACCAUUUGCAUGGCCAACAUUUGGCUGGUGGUGUGCAUGGUCUACUAUGGCACCGCCCAGUACAUUUCCAAGCUGGGCGGCAACAUUUUCAUAAACAAUCUGAUCGCUGCUGCCCUGGGCAUCCCCGGCACCCUGCUCUGCGUCGUGAUGACCAAGUACCUGGGCCGCAAGCUCACCAUGAUGAUUACCAAUGCCAUCAGUGCGAUUGGGCUGCUGGCGUUGGCAUUUCUCACUCAUGCCGACGAGAAAAUUCAGGUGGUGUGCGCGACCCUGGGACUGUUUGGCGCCUCCAUCACUUUCCCCAAUGCCUAUCUGUGGGGCGGCGAGGUAUUUCCAACUGUCGUCCGUGCGAACGGCUUGGGUCUCUGCUCGAUGGUCGGUCGCGGCGGCAGUCUCAUAGCGCCGCUCAUCUGUGAACUGGCUCUCAUCCGUGCCUGGAUAACGCCGUUGAUAUUUGGUUUAUUCUCGGUGUCGGGCGUAUUGGUGAGCUUCUGCUUACCGGAAACUCGAGGCGUUCAGCUACCAGCGACCUUCGAAGACAGCGAAGUAAGGGAGAAACAUAAGUUUUGCAGCCUCAAGUGAGCUGUGGCCCGACCCAGCUUAUGUCUAUAAAAGGAUUCAGGAACGUUUUGGUAAAUGCCCCUACCUAAACGCCGAUUGAGUUCAGUCCUGACAUCUAUAACAGCUCAAUUGGUCUUGUUGGUAAUGAGCAAUAUCAUUGAAUGAGUGGUUAAGCUUCGUAAUUGUGAUAAGUCUGUAAGCAAUAAAAAUUCUUUAAUCGAUCAA